AUGUCUAGUGGUUUGUACUCAAGUAGGCCUCGCCGGGCUUGGUCUGCUUCCGUUCUACCGAAAAACAAAAGCUGCAGGAUUCUGCUGAUGACGAUACAAAAGUAUGCCAAAGAGCGCAGUUGUCCUCUAUCUAUCUACCCUUCUGGGCUGAUAAACGACUUCAUACUCAUUGCCGCCCCUCUCAUUCUGAGGCAAGGUUCCAAUGUUUCUAUUUCAAUGUGGAGGUCGGGUGAGAUCAUUGCUGUAAGGGAGACAGCCUCGCUGCGUUCUUCCAAGAAUUCCGCCCAGAUUCACGUUGGCCUGUACAGGAAGUCCUCGACAUGCCUGCGCGGUCUCCUGCGUAUAUCCGACUCUGCAACUCCAGGUCGCGGAGCCAAACACGUCAAGGGGCGAGAAUUCCAGGCUCAAAGUCUCAGAGCUCACGCUGUCCGUACAACAUAUGCAUACAAUCCGGUCAAAGGAAGGAGUGGCACGAGACGGCAUUUGAGGCUGAAGCUAUCUACUACUGUAGGUAUUGAAGAGAAGCCUGCUCGGGCCGAGGUCCCGCAAGCCGAAAAACCGCAGUCUCGGCGGUUCCCCUUUGACGUUCCAUUCCGUAAAAGCUAUGUCUGUCUAUCUGACUGGAGUCUAGACAAAGAUCCUCAGACACCUACAGCGCAAACCCUGAGGGAAACACGCAUGAGUUGUGUAAUCUCACUAACAAACCCAAUCGGGAACAAUCACAUUGGCAAGGAUCAAAUCCCAACAGUAGCGGUCAAGGAAACUCCUGCCGUCUACACUCCCUCGGCCGAGACGGGGUCACUCGUUAUUCGGGAGGAUGAAAGUGCGAGGGAGCGAAACUAUUUGCUGGAAUAUCCUUACACGGAAAACACGCUAUACGCGCAAGUGAAGCCUCUGUCUUCUCGAAACCCUGGCGCUUCCUGCAGGCACGCUCAUGCGGGAUUCAUGCGGUUGAAGAUGAAUAGUGGGACACACGCGAACAGCAACCAGCCCAGCGGAAGACUAGCCGAGAUGGAGGGUGGUAGCGAGGGGGCCAUCGGCGGGAUGUCUGUUACGUCUUUGUUGAGAAGACACGGACUGGUGAACCUGAAGUAUUGUGAGCUUUCAGGCAAUAACCAGCUCAAACUAUCUUGGUUCUCUAGGAGUCCUCCAACCUCCCACAACGGGGCCCCGCGUUCAGCCGAAGAAUCCGCUUCCGAGGUCGCCGGGGGAAAUAACGCUCGUGGCACGGACUCGGAGCCAAUUGGAUCGCGGGCGGGGGGGUUGUUGAGGCCCCUCCAUCCCUCCUUCGGUAGCCGGUUCAGGCGCCCCUUGCUUGCGCGUGCCCACUGUCCACAUCAGAACAAUUGGGGGCGGCCGGGUUCCUGGGUGACGACGCAGCUUUUGGACACCUUUAUGGAUAGCUUUUUGCGCGGAACGAUACCGUUAAAUGAUCCAGGUAGCAAAAUGAAUGUGGUUUGGAUUUUCAGUCCGGGUGACACAAAGCUUGAGAGGCUCCCUCCCCAUGGUUCACUUGGACAGUCUUACCUCGUCAUAAAGUUGUGUCCCGGAUGUAAGUUGAUUUGCCUGUUCAUCUGUCUACGUGAUCCCGCGCCAGGCGAGCCGAUCAUCUCACACCAUAAGGUAUCCUGCGCUUUAUCCCGCAUCCCAAGACGGCUCAUCCAUGCAGACCUACCCAACAUAGCUCCACCAGAGCUGUCCCUAGGUGGCCUGUCAUUGUUCAACCCCGUCCGUCCGCCCGUCUCACCGCCCCUCCCAACAACGGACGACGUAGCGCCAGGCGGCCCCCAUUCCUCAUCCUUCCGCCGGCUCUCACCAGGAUCCCAAAGCUUUCAACCAAAAACCACCACCUACACCAAAACCCUCACCAAUCGUCUGAUCGCGCUUACGAGUCGCGGUCAACCCCGUCGUCAAGACGUUUUCCAACCUCCUCAACUCGUUUCACUGGUCCAUCACCCGUACGCAGGAGCCCGCUGCUCAGCCGCCCCCGGGGCUUCAGCGGACUCGGCCUUUGAUCUCUAA